AUGAUGAUGAUGAUGUGGGAUCUCUUCGUUGCCCAAUCCAUCCGAGAUGAAGAUGGAGAGGGGAAGGGAAAGAAAGAGAAACAGGAGUACCUCGAAGAGAAGUACCCUAAUCACCCUUUGCUACCUCACGACCUUGCAAAAAAGGCAAUAAAUUAUCAGGCUGCAAAUAUUGUUUCUUCGAGCAUACAACCUCUUGUAAUGUUACCUGUCUUGAACUAUAUAGGAGAAAAUGUUGGUCCGGAAGCAAAAAUUCAAUGGGUUCAAAAGCAAGCUGGAAAAGGCUUUGCAGCUUUGGAGAAAUUACUAAAAGAUUAUGCUGGGAAGUAUGCAACUGGAGAUGAAAUGUCCCUGGCAGACGUGUUUUUGGCUCCACAAAUCAUUGGUUUAUCACAACGAUUCAACUUUGACAUGAGUGAAUUCCCUCUUCUCUCCAGAUUGAAUGAAGCAUACAAGCAUGUAGCAGCUAUCCAAGAUGCCAUGCCAGAAAAGCAGCCAGAUUUCCCGAUUAAUUGAGGGUCGGGCUAUGAACGAACUGAACGUUCGGCGAACCGUUUGUGAACUGUUCGACGGGAAGUUCGUUUAUGUUCGUUUAUUUAAUAAAUGAAUGAACAUGAACAAAAAUUAUUGUUCGUUUAGUUAAAUGAACGAACAUGAACAAUGGUCUCGUUCGUUCAUUUAUGUUCGUGAACAUUCGUUUAUGAUGUUCAUUUACGUUUG